UGUUGAGUCAUCUCGGCGAGCUGGAUUCGGAAAAGAAUUCGACAUGUACAUGCUGAGGCGUUGGGCUGAUUGGUAGGGGAUAUGAUCGACGUGUGGCAGCACUACGCCAUGGCUUCGGCUACACAGGUUCAGCUACUCGACAGCUCAACCCCAGCUCUCGCCCUUCGAACCAAGCCCGACGAUGACUCCAAAGCGGACUCCGACGCCUCCAUGAACGCGGCAGUCUACCUGGCCGGCCUUUGCCGUGCUGCCCUCAACGAUCUGUCCACUUGCCUAGACGACGUGCUCAAGCCUUCGCAGGGCUACACCGCUGACGAGAUCCUUGGCCUGCCACUUGACAAGCAUAGGAUCGCCGACAUCCUCCACGACCUGCCCAGCCGCAGGUCGACUCGGCAUGACCUGGCCGUGGCCGUAGCGGCGCUUCUGCAUCCGGUCCACGAGGGCUCGCUGACGGCCAUCAUCCGGUACGACGCCGACCGCGUCCGUCUCCGCGCAUGGGCCUCUCUCCAGCGCCGCUACGACCUCCUGCAGGCCACCAGGCGCAACGGCAGAAUGGCGCACGGCAUGACCGGCGGCGUCGAGCGCGGCGUCCAGGCGCCUGCGUGGGCCAGCCGCAUCACCAGGCAGGGGCCGUGGGACCCGGCCAAGAAGCCCAUAUCGCUGGACGGCGCGAUCGCGCUCCCCAUGCCGGUGCAGGUGGCCCAGGAGGCGGACCCGGCGCCGUUCUUCGAGCACCUGUCCGGCGGCGGCCGCCAUGAGAUUGACGGCGUCGAGGGCGCUGUCGAGCUCCACGAUGGCAACGGCGAGCCGUACUACAGCGUUCGCGGUGCCGAAUUCCGCAGAGGCGUCGUGUAUGAGGACGGCCGGAUGGAUCUCUGCAAAAUGGUCGUCGGGCCCGAUCACAUUGGGCGGCUGAUGGACAGCCUGCGCACCAACACGCACGUUCGGCACUUUUUGCUGGGCAACAACAUCAUCGGCCCAGCGGGCGUCGAGGCCGUUGCCCGGUUCAUCGCCGAGUUUCCGGACCGCAUGGAUACUUGGUAUCUCGCGGGCAACUGCAUCCAGGGGGGGGAGAGCUUCAAGACGCUCGUCGAUGCGCUGGUCAAGUCGCCGGCGGUGUCCAACAUCUGGUUGAAGCGGAACCCCCUGGGCCCUGAUGCCGCCGGGGACCUGUAUCGCCUCAUCACCGAGACGAACAACCUGCAAACGCUGGACCUUGACCAGACCGAGCUCGGGGACCGCGGCGUUGCCGACUUGUUCACUCGUCUGGCCUCCUUCUCUCCCUCUGAUGGCGGCAAGCUGCCUCUUCGGCACAUCUACAUGAAUGCUGUUGGCAUCUCCACCAGGGGAGCUGCUGCUAUUGGCAAGUUCCUCGAGUCGCCGCAUUCCGGCGUAACGUCCCUUUACAUCUCCUGUAACCCCCUUGGUGAUGAGGGUGCUCAGGCUCUGGCAGCCGCACUGCCCAAGGCACCGUACCUGGCCCGACUGUUGUUACAAUCGGUUGGGGUCAGCACCCAAGGUGCCGUGGCGCUGUGCGAAGCCUUGGCCGAGCACCCUGGACUCAGGUGUCUGGAUCUCGGCCAAGCAUAUGCCACCGAGGACCUCGGCCAGGCGUACAACUAUGUCGAGGAUGAAGCAGUGCCGGCCAUGGCACAGCUGCUCAGGGGCACGCCUCAGUUGCAAUAUCUCAACCUGGGCCAUUGCGCCAUCACACCCCCGGGCCUUCUCAAGCUGGCGCCGGCGAUCCUCGAUAGUCCGAGCCUGCUGUAUUACUUUGCGACCUCGAUCUUGGUCGAUCCAUCCAGGAAGCCCGUGGCCUUCAUACCGUCAAUGGACACGGCAUUCCCCCACCCGGACGCUCCGUCCGCGGAGCAGAUCAAGUCGGAAAAGGCCAUACGGGAGCACCUCGGAGCCAAUGUAAGAGCAGCGUUUGGGGGGAGCAUGUCGUAUGCAGACUUCCUGGCGGAAGAGAAACGAUGGCUUGUCAGCGACAAAGUGGUGCGCAAAAUCGACAGCGUGUAUCGCAACCGAGAUGCCGGCCUGGCGCGCCGUCGCCUGCUGACGUUGAGAGCCAUGCACGCUCGCGGGGCCCCGAGCUGCUCUUUGCGAUGAGCCUCUCAACAGACGGCCUGAUCACGACCCCACGUGACGGGUCCCGGACGCGG